ACGUCACUUCCGUGCGUGAGGGUAGUGAGGCUGCUGAUUCACAGCAGAGAAACAACAACGAGUUUGUAAAAUAUAAAACAUGUCAGCGGUAUAAACGGUGGGAACUCAGCGACAGGACUUCAUGCAGGUCAUCAUGGUCCCUACAGACUUUAAAACCCUGAUCCAGAGGUUUUAUCACCUUCAGUCUGAGCGGGUGGAGACGUAUCAGCUGUUUGAAGAAGGACACGAGGCCUACUUGAGGACAGGGCCGCAUUAUGACUUCGACCACUACAGGCAGCUGGUCCAUGAGAUAACGCAGGCCUUCUGCGGCCUCUCCAAGGAAGUGCUGGAGAUCAAGGGGAGGCUGCACCACGAGUUUGACAGGCCAGACCUUUCUGAGCACAUUGAAAAGCUGCAGAACAAAGAGAAGCAGAAACUUGAACUGACAGCCAAGCUGCAGCUGGCCAGGCAGCGGGCCCAGGAUCACCCGGAGGACGAAGGCUGUCAAGAAAAGAUUCAGGAGAUCAAGCACGAGAUCAUCAAGAACAAAGAAGCUCUGAGUGAGAUCAUGCAGGACUUUAAGUAUGACUCCGAGGAGAGUGAUUGACAGGUGGCUCCCAGGAGGCCUGCAGCCGCCCCUCUCGCAUCACCAGACAGCGGAGCCGGGAGAUCGACUCAGCUCUGCUGCAACUUCCUUCUUGGACUCCUCAGCUGCACUUAUUGAUCACCCUCUGGCCCCACCCUGCUUGCUGCUGCAGUCUUAUUCCACCCAGGGGGGGUUUCACAUUCUGGUGUGUUUCUGUCUGUAGUCAUGUGUUUCUGUUAAUGUAUGCAUCAGAAAGAAACAAAAACUUCUGUUUAUGUUGUGAUGAAAUGUGUAAAUACUCAAAAGGUUUAAUAAUUCUUGGAGGCUCAUCCAACUGUCUUUGUUUACUUGAUGAAUUGUAUUUUUAAAUAAAACACUUUCCAAGACAA